CGGCCGUGCCGGCGGCGCCUGGAGACGGCGCGGCGCUUCCCGGCGCUUCCCGGCGCUUCCCGGCGCUCCCGGUGCCUCCCUGCGCUUCCCUGCUCUUCACGGCGCUUCCCGGCAGCCCGGAGCGGCCCCGGGGCGCUGCUGCUGGAGCUCUGUUGUGACCUUUUCCCCUCAGCCCUUCCUGCCAGAUUGUAAUGUUUUUAUGAUAUGGAAGAAUCAUCUUGGAAGCUUGUCAAGUAAAUGUAUAUACAGUAGAUUCAUUCUCCAGAGUUUAUAGUUUUUGCAGCUUGACAAGCUGUCUAUGGGUCAUCAUGAGUUCAUCCUCUCCAGUCAACUAUUCUGUCACAGAAGCUAGAAGCCUACAUAAUGAGGAAUGUGAGUUACUACAGAAGAGCAAAGAAUUGGAAUUGGAUGCUGUUUUAGGUAUGAAAUGGAAACUUCUUCAAGCUAAAAAAGAAAACUUGGACUUAACUAUUCAACACAAUCAAGAAGUCUCCAACUAUGAGAAACAGAUAAUCAAACUACGGUCAGAAUUUGAGAAAGGAGAGGCCAUUCGACAAGGUCUGGAGUAUGAAUUGGCAGUUGCCAGAAAAAGUGCCCAUCUGAAAAUGUGUACUGCAGAAGAAGAAUUGAGUGAUGCAAAAAACAAACUUAUGGAACUGCAAGUACUCAAUGAAAACCUUCAACAGAAAGUGACAGAGACUGAGAAAAUGUUUCAUAAUGCUAAAGAGAAGUGGAAAGAAGAACAGCAAAGACUCACAAAGGAGCUGAAUAAUGAACUGCAAAAUAUACGCAAGAAAUUGAGAGAUAUGGAAGUGGAGCACAGUGGCUGUAAUGAGGUGCUGAAAUGCCAGGCCAAUGAACUUAAAUGCAGUACUGAACGAGAGAAGAGACUUUUAAAGGAACUUGAAGCAGCUGCAGUGAGAACAAAGAAACUGGAAGAAGACAUUGAAGCAGAGAGAGCAGCGCAUUUAGCAUCCAAUUUCACUUCAGAGAUCAUCCAGUUAAGAAUUCGAGAACUUGAAGAAGCUGUGCGUGUGGAAAAGGACAGACGAGAAGAAGCUCUUUCAGAUUUAGAAAUUAUCAAGAAAGAGUUCAAAGGGUUGGAAUAUGCAUAUGAGAGAGAAAAACACAAUGCCCAAGAGAACUUGGAGAAACUCAAUGUAUUAGAAAAAGAGUGUUACUCCUCAAACAAUCAAAUGAAAGAAAUGAAAGAACUGAUCGAGGAAAAGAAGAAGGUAAUUAUGGACCUCUCUGCAAGACUAGGGAAUGCUGAAAAAAGCUACAGUGAAUUGCAGAGUGAACUUGCAAUGGCCAAGAAACACCAGGUCUUUCUAACAGAGACGUAUGAAAACAACAUGAGAGAGCUGGAGUUACUCUUGGACAGCUUUGCUAUGUCAGACCAGCGGACAGCAGGCACUUGUGAGGACAAAGAUAAACCUCUGAGCUGCUCUGUCGUUGAGACUUUGAGGUGUACCUUGACAGCUUACCAGAACAAGCUGGAAGAUACGUCUAAUGAGCUUGAGAAAAUGAAGAUUUUGUAUAAAAAUAUGACAAAAGAAUUUGAGGUAUCUGAGGAGAAAAUGUGUGCUUUAAGACAAGACCUUAAGGAAGCUCAGGAUACCAUGGCUGAUGCCAAUAAAGAGUUAAACUAUCUGCACUCUAAGUGUGCAGACAGAGAGACUUUAAUAGAAACUUUAAAAAUGGAACUACAGGAUGUACAGCAAUGCUGGGAGAAAGAGCAAGUACGUGCCACAGAAUCUGAAAAUGAAAUCCAGAAGCUUACCAGGGCUUACCAGAAGGAUAUGGAGGAGAAACUAACCUUCCUUCAUAGCUUAUACCAGCAUUUGAUAGCAGGCUGUGUACUUAUAAAACAACCAGAAGGCAUCCUAGAUAGAUUCUCUUGGCCUGAGCUUUGUGUAGUCUUGCAGGAGAAUGUUGAUGCCCUGAUCUCAGACCUCAACAGGGCUAAUGAGAAGAUAUCUCACCUGGAAUAUGUUUGUAAAAACAAGUCCAAUACUAUGAAGGAGCUUCAGCAGAGCCAGGAAGAUGCUUUUAACAAAAUGGCUGAGCAAAUGAAAGCACAGGCAAGCUGUUGGCAGAAUGAAAAAAAGUAUCUGGAACAGCAGUACUCAGGCCUCCUUGGGGAAGUUCAUGCAAGGGCACAGCUUGAAAAAAGUAAAGAGAAAUUGGCUCUUGAAAACACUUCUGUGAAAAAGAUGUUAACACAGUUUCAGAAGGAGCAUUCCUCACUCCUGGCAGGCUGUGCACUAUUAGCUGGUGCCCUGUAUCCUCUGUAUCGCCGACUGUGUGCUAUGUCUUCCCAAAGAGACCUUCUCCAGGAUCAAGUGAACAUAUAUGAAUUAGUGAACCAGAAGAUUAGGACCCUAGUUCAUGCUCUCUCUGAUGAUAAGGGAAACACUGAAGAUGAAGCAAAACUAAAGAAAAGAAAAUCCCAGGGCCUAAUUUAUGUAUUCCGAAGAGCUGUGAUUGCAGUUUUGGCAGCCAACAGACUUAAGGUUUUAGCACAGUCUUCUAGUUCCCUCUUCACCUGGACAAAUGGCUUAAAAGAAGGCAUUGGAAUUCCAGUUUGUGUAGGAGAAUCCAAAGGCAAGCGUAAUCUGUUAAGUUGUGAAGAGGAACAGCUUGACUGUGUGGAAGUACUCAGCUGGUUUGCUAGUUCCAACCUCCUUGCUGCAAUAAUCAGUUCUGUCACUGAAUUGCAGGAUGUUGUUAACAAACCAGGUACAAAGUCCUGGGUUUCUGGAAAGUUACUGUUAAGUGCAGCCAGGAAUUCGUUUUCAAAACUUAUGGACAAGCUGAAUGUUAUAAUGGAGACGGUUCCAUUAGACCACAGCAAGUACAUUACUGAUCUGGAGAAAGACUCCUUGCUACAGAGCCUGGCUCAUGGACUUAAUAAAAUAAAUACCCAGGCCCUGGAAGCUGGAUUGUGUGACAGAGUAUCCAGUAUGAAAAACAUAGAAUCCUUGCAAAAGCAAAUAUUUGAAUUUACACAAAGACUUCAUACAGCAGAAGUGGAACGUCGCUCACUGCGCCUACGACUUGCAGAAUUCAAAUUGAAUUUCAGUGAGAUAAAAAAGAAAGCAGACAAAGCACAGAGGCUACAAGAACAGUUAAAUAUGCUUAAGCAAAAAUUAAUCACCCAUGAGAGGUUUGAAAGUGUAUGUGAAGAAUUAAGUAAUGCAUUACAUCGGGAGCAUCAGGCACAAUUGCUUUUGAAUGAACAAGCACAACAGCUACAGGAGUUAAACAAUAAACUAGAAUGGCAAUCCAGUGAAGAAGCAGAUAAAACCCAAGUCUUAAGUGAAUCUGUAAAGAGUCUCUCCGAGGCAGCGAUGGAGCUGAGAAGAAGAGAUCGAUUUCUGCGUCAGCAGAAUAGACUUCUUACCCAGCUGGAGCAGGACAAGCGUCGACUGAGCAAGAGCAUCCGUGAUGCAGAGAGUGCCCUCUGCACGGCAGCGAAAGACAGAGAAUUGAUCAUUAGUCAUAUGAAAGCUGUGGAUGACACUCUUCAUAAGGUCAGAGAUCAGGCUUUGCUGCUGUGUACUGCAGCAGCCACGAAUGACUUCACCCUGGAGCUACCCAAACUGCACCUGGAGACCUUUUCAGAGGAAAGGCUGAAGGGCAGGCCAGAGGCUGCAGCAUUUCAGGCUGUGAUUCAAAGUUUCAUGGAAGUCUACCAACUUGCAGUUUCCAGAGUUGAAAUAUUAGUGAAAGAAACAGAAUCUCUUCAGCUUCACAUUGCAGCCCUGAAGUCCAGGCCCCAAACAGCUAGUCUUCAUAAAAGUAGCCUUACAAAUGGAAACAAGAGUUCAAACAUCAGUGUGGCUCCAAGCUAGAAAUUCAGCCUGACCAGAGUUCUGUCCUAGACUUUUUGGCAUUGCAAGCUGAACCUGACACAUCCUACAGUGUUAUGCAAAACAGAGACAGUUCUCUGUCUUCAAUCUGUUUCUUCAGUCUGGAUGUCACAUCCAAUCCCAGAAGAACAAUGGAAAAUGGAUUUUCAGAUUCUUAGUAUCAAUAAUCUUCUAGAAGGGAAAAUUAUAUUAAUGUAAAAUGAUGCAAUUAAAGUGUAAUUUUUUUGCGAUCUUUGAAUUGUAGCUCAGCGUUUGU